CAUAUUCGAGGGAAAUAAAACAUGGAGACCAUUUUGAAGGAUCUUUGAGAGCUUUCUCCCGAAUUUCACGAUUUAUGUAAAAUAUCAAGUUUGUAUUUUCUAGGUUAUUGUCAGAAUUGUUUCAGCGUCUAAAAGGUUUGUCAACGUAUUGAUAAGAAGCAAGAACUGUACCUGUUCACCUAAUAUUUAGCUAUUAACUACCUACGAUGUCUCGCUCUCCUUCGAAGACUUCAACUAGACCAACAAAAUCCCGUGAUAGUGAGGAUCCUAAAUCAAUUUCUGAUCGACCACGGGUCAAGUCUAGUAAAUCAUUGUCAGCAUUCUCAAUUGUUAAAUCUGAAAAUGCCAAAAACACCAAUCCUUUCACUCUUCCUUCUGAUAAUGAUAUAUUCAUGCUACGAGACAAAGAGAGACAAAAGAAAAAAGAACAUCGUACACAACAAAGAAAACUAAAGGUACAUGAGAAGACAACAUACACUUCACAAGUAAAUGCUAAAACAGCAGAAAUGAGGAAAAUUGGUCAGCCAAGUGAUGAUGAAGUUGAAGAGGAAGAGAAAAAGGAUAAAGAUGGUGCUAUUGCUGUGAAAGAUGAUCCUCAGUUCACACUUGCAAUAACAAGAGAUCGCCAUGUUGAGAAAGAGAAUCUUGCUGAUUUUAUUGCUAAGAAAAGAGAGAUGUUCCUAGUACAGUACUCCUUGGGUGUGAAAAGAGAUGAAAUGAGAAAACUUGAAGAAAUUGCACAGGCUGAGGAGAAAAAGUUGGAAUUAGCUGAACAGUAUCUUGAGGAAGAUGCUGCCAUGUUUGAUGAGUUCCUUAAAGAGAACGACAAGAAUUCUGUGGAAGCCAUAAAAAUUGCCGAAGCAGAAACAAAACUUAAACUUGAGAAAGUAGCAGAAAUAAAGAAGAUAAAUGCUCAGAUGAUGCUUAUCAAAAGUGAAAUUUCCAAGAAUGAGGAUACCAUGAAAGAAUAUGUUUUAUAUCAACAAUUCCUUGAUUCAUUGACACCAAAGGAAUGGAAAGACGAAAAGAACAAAAUAAAAGAAGACAAAAGGAAAUCAAAGCAGAAAAACAAAACAGUGACUGUCAAAAAGAAAGGUUCAUUAGUACUUUCUGAUAGAACAUCAAGUCGUGCUAGUAGAAAAGAAAGCAGAUUAGGGAUAGCGCAGUUGAAGCGGACUGAGGAUUCGCCUCGAGACUUUCAUGAACUUCGUUUUGAUGUUGCAGCUGUCUUGUUUGUAGAAUUUUUAGUUCAAGUUCCAGUCUCUCCUUUUCUAAACAGGCCAAGGUUAAUUGCUUGUCCAUUUGAUCUGGUGUGGGUGAUGCGUCCGAUGGCGAGGAAACAGGCGAUCUUCUCAGCUUGUGAGAAAGGUGCAAGUCCUCCUCAAGGAGCAAGAAGGCAAAAAAGUGAUAUCGAUGGUGAAAGUCAGACAUCAUCUGCACAAGAGACUGAUGAUGAAGAUAGCGAAGAGGAACCAGAGCUGUUUUUUACUGAUCCUCAACAACUGCUUGAUAUUUUCUCUGAGCUGGAAGAACAAAACCUGUCCCUGAUCCAAAACAGUCAAGAGACAGAAGAGGCUUUAGAAGAAUUGAAACAAACUAUAAAACAAACUCAAGACAGAAUGAAUCAUGAAACAGAGAUCCUAAAAGGGCAAAUUGACUUCCUGAAGGAUGCAAUCAAAAGAGAAGAAGAAAGAGCUGCUGAGUUGGAAAUGAAAUCAAAGAUGUUCUCAUAUGGAGAAUUCAAAGCAGAGGAUCAGGAAAAAAUGCUGGCAGCACUGAACAAAAAGGUUGAAGAAGUUUAUAGAAAUUGUAUUGGUGACAAUGAAGCUAAUAUCAGUACUCUCCAGAUGCUCACCAACAUUGAAAACAGACUUGAGGAACUAUUUGAACAAAUAGAGAUCAUGCCAGCUGACAGGGUGGAGAUGGCUGAAAAGGCAAAGGAGAAAGAACGUAGAUUGAGAGUGCGUGAAGAGAAGAUGGAACAGCAGAGAUUACAUCAAGAAGAUAGAGUAAGAAGAGCAUUAGAGAGAGCACAAGCUGAACCCAAGAAAAAGACUGGGAAACCAUUGAUGUUCCGUUCUGAACCACCACAAACAAGAAAGAAACAACAUGAUGCUGAUAAGAAACAAGACAAAGAAGAAGAGGAACUCAAAUAUUUUUUCACAUAAAAUUCCAUGCAAUUAAAUAUUAUCUUGCCUACUUGUAAAUAUGAAAUAAAAUACAGUUUUUAUCAGUU